AGGCAGCAGACUAAAACUUCCCUCUCUUUUCACACCACCCCCCACUAAACCACACGCAGACACAGACACACACACUCUCUCUCUCUCUCUCUCUCUCUCUCUUCCCCUUUCUUGAUUUUGAUGCGCAGACUCUUCCCUCCAAACCCAAUCAAAACCCCAACUCUCUUCAACUCCCUCCGUCUGCGAUUCAACUCGCUCCGAUCCCACUGUGCCAACUCAAUGGCCUUACCUCCGCCGAAGUCAGCCAUGGCUUCCGCCGUCGUCGACAUCGAGGCGGGUCUCGCCCGCCGCUUCUGGAUCAAGUUCAACCGAGAAUCGAUUUUCGCUAUGUACACUCCCUUCUCGCUCUGUUUGGCUUCUGGGAACCUCAAGAUUGAAACUUUCCGCAAUUAUGUUGCCCAAGAUGUUCACUUUCUCAAGGCCUUCGCUCACGCGUAUGAAUUGGCAGAAGAUUGUGCAGACGAUGAUGAUGCAAAGCCUGUGAUUUCUGAGUUGAGGAAGGCAGUUCGGCAGGAGCUGAAAAUGCAUGAUUCGUUUGUGAAGGGAUGGGGUUUACAGGGUGCUAAAGAGACCCCUAUCAACUCUGCUGCCGUGAAGUACACAGAUUUCUUAUUGGCAACAGCCUCUGGAAAAGUUGAAGGAGUCAAGGGUCCUGGUAAACUUGCAACUCCAUUUGAAAGAACCAAAGUUGCUGCUUACACCCUUGGCGCUAUGACUCCUUGCAUGAGACUGUAUGCCUUUCUUGGUAAAGAGUUCAAGGCCCUUCUGGAUCCCAACGAAGGCAGUCACCCGUACUUGAAGUGGAUUGACAAUUAUUCUUCUGAAAGUUUUCAGGCAUCAGCUGUACAAACCGAAGAGUUGCUCGAUAAACUAAGCGUCUCUUUGACAGGCGAGGAACUUGACAUAAUCGAAAAGCUUUAUCGCCAAGCAAUGAAACUUGAAAUAGAGUUCUUCUCUGCUCAGCCCCUUGUUCAGCCAACUGUAGUUCCUCUGAUCAAAGAGCAUAACCCUGCAGAAGAUCGGCUCGUGAUAUUUUCUGAUUUUGACUUGACUUGUACAAUUGUUGAUUCAUCUGCCAUUUUGGCUGAAAUUGCAAUAGUAACAGCACCAAAAUCUGAUAAAAAAUCUGAUCAACAUCAACCUGAAAAUCAGAUUGCUCGGAUGUCAUCAGCUGAUCUCAGGAAUACAUGGGGUCUUCUUUCCAGGCAGUACACAGAAGAGUAUGAGCAAUGCAUAGAAAGCAUCGUUCCCACUGAAAAAGCGGUGUUUGACUUUGAAAAGUUGCAUAAAGCACUAGAGAAACUUUCAGAUUUUGAGAGGAAGGCAAACAAUAGAGUUACAAAGUCAGGAGUGCUCAAGGGUCUUAAUCUUGAAGAUAUAAAAAGAGCUGGUGAACGUCUCAUUCUUCAAGAUGGUUGUAUUAAUUUCUUCCAGAAAAUUGUCAAGAGUGAAAACUUGAAUACAAAUGUUCAUGUUCUUUCAUACUGUUGGUGUGGUGAUCUCAUAAGGUCGGCCUUUUCAUCAGGUGGUUUACCCGAGCUGGAUGUGCAUGCAAAUGAGUUUACUUUUAAGGAAUCCAUAUCCACAGGUGACAUUGUUAAGAAGGUGGAGUCUCCUAUUAACAAGGUUCAAUCUUUCAAAGAAAUAUUGAAAAAUUGCAGCAAUGACAGAAAGAACUUGACCGUUUACAUUGGAGACUCAGUGGGUGAUUUACUCUGUCUGCUGGAGGCAGAUAUUGGUAUCGUAAUUGGGUCAAGUUCAAGCCUUAGGAGAGUGGCGACUCAGUUUGGGGUAUCUUUUGUUCCUUUGUUCGCGGGUUUAGUUAAGAAACAGAAAGAAUGCACAGAUGGAAGGUCUUCUAAUUGGAAAGGGUUAACCGGUAUUCUUUACACAGUGAAUAGUUGGGCGGAAAUACAUGCCUUCAUUUUGGGUUGUUAGAAUUCAUUUUCUUCUUUCCGGUUCUUAUGCACUCAAACAGCGUGCUUGGACAAACGAAUCAUAUUCAUAUAUAGUGGAACACAGAUUAAAGUUGGUGUCUUGUCAAAAAAAAAAAAACAAAGAUAAAAAGUUCGUGGCUGAUUUUAUAAGGGCCACAGAUUUGCUGCUGUCUUGCUGUUCUCUUCUUUUCUUUUUGUAAACAGGGGGAUCUCUUUUGGAAAUGUGAUGAUGGCCAAUUGGGGUGCUGUAAACAGGGUAUGGAGAGUUCUCAGGCAGCAAUGAAUUCAAACAGAGAUUGUUAUAUCAUCAUUUGUCCAUAUAAACAUUUCAAGUUCUGUAUCUGUAAUUUUGUUAGCCGAUUGCUAUUCGAUAUUUCUGAUGAAUGGCAAUUUCAGAGUGUAUUUCCGGUCAUGUAAUACUUGCGUCCUACUAUAAAUGCAGAUGCAAUUGUUCAUGUCA